AUGAACGUUAAAGAUGUAGAUACUGUUUUAGAUAUUUUUAGAGGAGGUCCUGGUGUUCAUACUUGUUCAGGUAUAGAAAAUUAUUUUUUAGAAAGCAAUACAUUAGAUUAUGAUAUUAAAAAAGAAUUCAUAAAAAACUUAGAGAACCCCACAUGUUUAUCAAAAUUUUGUAUGUUAAAGAGAAAGUUAGUUUAUGACUUUUUUUUAGUAAAAAAAGAAAUAGUGAAAAAAAAAUUGUGGACAUGUAUAGAAAGUAUAAUCAAUAAAUUAAAUGAUGAUGAUAUAAUAAAAGUACAUAGAUAUUUAAAAAAGGAAUCUGGAAAUGUUAUUCAUACAUUUUUAAAUAAUAUACAUUUGAAUAAAGAUCUUGAAACAAAAGGAAGAAGACGACGAAGAAGAAAAAAAAUAUAUAUAUUAAAAAAAAGAAAAGGAAAAAAAAAAAACAAUCAUAAUAUACAACAUAAUAAUUUCAAUAUAAAUUCUAAUAAAUUAUAUUGUAAUUUACCUAUUAAUUUAAAUUUAGAACAUAUAUUUUGGAACCAUAUAAAUAUAAAAAAUUAUAAAAAGAAAUAUUUUUAUCAUAUUAAUAAAAAUAUAAAUUCAUUGUGGAAAGUAUAUUUAUCAUAUAACAUGUUAAAUAUAAAUAAAUGUGAACGUAAAGAUAUUAUAAAAAAUAUUCUCCACACAUUAUUAAAAAAAGAAUAUGAACAAUUAAAUUGUUUUGAAUGGGAUUCAAAAGUUCUUCUUUAUAAAUUAUUAAAAAAAGAAGAUUCAAAAAAUAUAUCACUUGAAAAUUAUAUAGAAGAUGAUGAUAUAAUAAGUAAUUCAAUUAAUCAUUUUGACAACAAUGUGGAUAUAUAUCUUAAUAGGAAAGAUAAUUCAGAAAAUAAAAAUAAUACUAAUAUUAAAGAUAAAAUUGAUUCCAUUUCUGAAGAUGAUAAAUUAAGUCUUCAAACAGAUGGUCAAACAUAUAAUAAUAAAAAUAAUAAUAAUAAUAAUAAAAAAAAAAAAAAAAAAAAAAAGAUCAUCAUGAAUAGUAAUAAUAUUUUAUUAAAUUAUAAUAAAAAUGGUCAAUUAUUAGAUGAUUCUUUAAAAUUAUAUAAUAACAACAAUAAUAAUAAUAAUAAUAGUAAUAAUAAUAGUAAUAAUAAUAGUAAUAAUAAUAAUAAUAAUAAUAAUAGUGUUCAUUUCCAUGUUCAUCACAACAACUUAAGUGAUUUUAAAAAUAUACAUUAUAAAGAUACAGAUAUAAUAUAUGAAUUAUUAUUAAAAUCUAUAAAAGGAGAAAUAAAAUUAAAAGUUAAAAAUUUUGUUAAGGUUCAUCAGGUCGGACAAGGAGCUUAUGGAGAUGUAUGGAUGGCAGAAGAUAUAAUAAAUAAUCAGAGAGUAGCAUUAAAAAAAUUAAAAUUAAAUGAAGAAAAAGAUGGAUUUGCAAAAACUUAUAUAAGAGAAAUAUCUAUUUUAAAUUCUUUAAAACAUGAAAAUAUUGUUGAAUUAAUUGGAGUCGUACAUUCUAUUUUACCUAUCAAUUUUUUUAAUCAAACUAUAAUAAAUCAACCUUCUCAAAAUUCUAAUCCUAUCAAUAUAAAUCAAAAUAAUAUUUUUAAAAACAAUCUUUUUGAUCAUAAUAGUUAUAAAGAUUUUCUUAUUACUGAAAAGAAUUAUUUUUUUAAUAAAAAAAAGUUAAGUACAUUAUUUAUGUCACCACAAAAAAGAAAUUUCUCAACAAAUUCAGAUGUGUCAUUUGAUGAAGACAAGUCAUUUGAUGAAGAUAUAUCAUUUGAUGAAGACAAGUCAUUUGAUGAAGACAAGUCAUUUGAUGAAGAUAUAUCAUUUGAUGAAGACAAGUCAUUUGAUGAAGAUAUAUCAUUUGAUGAAGACAAGUCAUUUGAUGAAGACAAGUCAUUUGAUGAAGAUAUAUCAUUUGAUGAAGACAAGUCAUUUGAUGAAGAUAUAUCAUUUGAUGAAGACAUGUCAUUCAAUCAAGAUGUGUCAUCCCAUCAAGAUGUGUCAUCCCAUCAAGAUGUGUCAUCCCAUCAAGAUGUGUCAUCCCAUCAAGAUGUAUCAUCAAAUAAUUUAUUAAAACAUAAUAAUGUGGAUCCAUCCAUUUCUCUUCCAUUAUCUUCUUACGAAGAUACCCUUUCAAGUGAUAGUACCCAUUCUGACUGUUCAUCCUCCACUUUAUCUUCAUUCAUCUCAUACGAUAAAAAUAAAGAAAAAAAAUCAUGCAUCUGGAUGGUCUUUGAAUAUAUUCCUUUUGAUCUGUCAGGAUAUAGUGAACUACUUAGAGAAGAAAGAAAUGAAAAAGAAAGAUAUAAAUUUGCUAACUUAUUCAGUAUAGGUGAAAUAAAAAAUAUUUUUAUACAAUUAUUAAAAGCAUUAGAUUAUUGUCAUAAAAAUAAUAUUAUCCAUAGAGAUAUUAAAAUAGCUAAUUUGUUAAUAGAUAAUAAUGGAAUACUAAAACUAGCUGAUUUUGGACUAGCUAGAUUCCAUUCUGAUAUUAAUGCAUCUAAUAUGACAAAUAGAGUUAUUACAUUAUGGUAUAGACCACCAGAAUUAUUAUUAGGUUCUGAAAAUUAUAUGUCAUCUGUUGAUAUGUGGAGUUGUGGUUGUGUAUUAGCAGAAUUAUUAACUAGCAAUCCUUUAUUUUCUGCUGAAAAUGAAACAGAUAUAUUAAAAAUUAUUCUUAAUAAGUUAGGAUUUCCAAAUGAUAGAGAUCUAAAAUAUUUAAAAAAUUUACCUUAUUGGAAUUUAUUGAAAUUAAAUCCUAUACAUCCAAAUAAUAUUAAUCAUAAUAUAAAUCAUAAUAAAAAAAUAGAAACAGAAAGUUCUAUAAGAAAUAUACCUGGAGUAGGAGAUCUAGGAUUAGAUCUUAUCAAAAAAUGUUUAAAGUGGAAUCCAUAUGAAAGAAUCACAGCUAGUGACGCGCUUAAUCAUCCAUGGUUUAAGAUACAACCAUUGUCUGAAAAAAUACAUCAAAGAAAUAAUAUUAAAGCAGCUCAUAGUUUUAUGACCAAAAAUUAUAAAAAAAGGGAUAUACCCAAAAAUAAUUAUUCUAAACUUAAUGAAAAUUUUAGAUAUAUAAAUGUAGGCAAUUACAGAAGGGCUUAUCUUCUAAGUAAAUAUAAUGAUCACCUUUUAUAUCUUAACUCACGUUCAUCAAAGAGGGAUAUACUAAAGGCCCCGUCUCUUCACCAGGAAGAAAAAGAUAAGAAAAAAGAUAAAGAAACCAAAACGGAAAGGAAAAAUAUAGAACACAAGGAUAAGAAACAUAAAGAAUUAGUAAAUAUUAAAAAGGAAGAUGAAACACGACACAGUAAAAAAUGUAAAGUCGAAUCUGUCACCGAUUACAGUGAUAGAGGAGAAAAUUUAAAAACCCCUCUUGAUAAUUCCAUAAAAAAAAAUGAACACAAAUUAAAUUCAAAUAAGUCAGAUGUAGACAAAACUAGGAAAUCAAUUACCAUAUCAAGAGACGGAAGCUUAAGAAGGAAGGAAAGAAAGACAAUAGCAGUGGUAAAAUAUUAUGACCAUAAAACGAAAGAAUAUAAUUAUAGCCAUAGCCCAAGUCAUUCUAAAAAGCACAACAAUGAAAAAAGGGAAAAGGAAAAAAAAACUGAAGGUUUAGAUUAUAGGAGGGAAAGCAACAACUAUUUUGGAAGAAGCAGAGAAGGUGUAGAUGAUAGGAGAAGAUAUUCAACCAUUUGUAAAAUUGGUUAUAACAAUGCAGAUGGGUAUAGGGAUAGAAUAAGUCACAGGAGUAGGGAAAGGGAGUGGUAUAAAAAAUCAUACGGAAGAAGGAGUAGAGAUAGGGAUAGAGACAGAGAUAGAGAAAGAGAAAGAGAAAGGGAUAGAGAAAGAGAUAGAGAUAAAGAUAGAGAAAGGGAUAGAGAAAGAGAUAGAGAUAAAGAUAGAGAAAGAGAUAGAGAAAGAGAUAGAGAAAGAGACAGAGAAAGAGACAGAGAUAGAGAAAGAGAAAGAGAAAGGGAUAGAGAAAGAGAUAGAGAUAAAGAUAGAGAAAGGGAUAGAGAAAGAGAUAGAGAUAAAGAUAGAGAAAGGGAUAGAGAAAGAGAUAGAGAUAAAGAUAGAGAACGAGAAAGAGACCGAGAAAGAAACAGAGAUAGAGAUAGAGAAAAAGAAAAGAAAAGAGAUAAAGAUAAAGAAAAUGAUAAAAAUAAAGAAGCUGAUCAUAAAAAGACGACGAAUGAAAGUCAUCAAGUGAACGAUCAAAAAAAACAUAAAUUAGAUACUGAAGAAUUAAGGGUUGAAAAGAAAAAGAAAAUAUAA